GUUCACUGUACUUCCACACAGUGCACGCUCAGGAGGGCGAGCCAAGAUGAGAGAUGUUAACGUUUAUAACGUCGCUCGCGCCUUUCCUCGAAUGAGUUGGUCACCCAAAAACCUGUACAAUCUCUGGCAGCGUUCCCUGGGUCCAAAAAAACAUCAACUCGUUUUCAAAGACACUCAACAAACUCUUUUCCAGCAAAGAUGGAAGUCAAAAGCAGCCAUACGUGCUUACCACGGCGAUUAUAUCGCAGAAAAGUUGUUCAAGCGUUGGUACCUUCCCGACAACAUCCCCGACGUACGACCUCGGAAAGCAAUAAUGGGAGACGACAAAUCCAUGCUUGACGAAUACGCCGGCAGGAAAAAGAAGGAGAAGGACUACGAGGAAGAUGAGACGCGCCGUGGAAUGGCCCCAGUCGGAAGUUUGGUUCUAGCAGAAGUGGAAAGACGAAUAGAUGUUGUCGUUUUCAGAUCUUGCUUCGCCCAUAGUAUUUACGAAGCUCGCCGACUUGUCGUUCAUGGUAACGUCUCACUCAACGGUAAACGACACACCAAUGCCAACACACGUCUGGCCCCUGGAGAUAUGAUCUCAGUUGAUCCCAGUGCUAUACGGUUCUUCCGGUCUUCAACCACAGGAUCUGUUGACGACGUCAACGCCAAUGAAAUGGAUAAAACUGACCUUACACCUUUCCACCUUCCACUAUAUGCUUCCCCGUGGCUUUUCGUGCCGGCAUAUAUUGAAACCAGUUUUGCGACAUGUUCAGCAAUCUACGUUCGCCAUCCUACCGCACGUCCAGGCUAUUCCGAAAUUCCAACACCCUAUGACGCUGAUGGAGAAGUUGUUCGAUUUGCUUGGGAGUGGUAUGUCAAGCGGCAGCCAAGGAUUCGAUCGCAGAAACGUCUGUCAAUGAGGCCAGAGGACCGGGCUUUCGAUGCUAGUGAGAUUGAUAUUGAGAAGGAGCGGAAGUAUUUGAGGAAAGCCGCUCGAAAACGCGCCGCUACGACAUCAGGAAUGAUUUUUUAGACGUAGCAUGUACAGUGUUCCCCCACUCCUUUGCACAGCCCCAGUCCUUUACACACUGCCUCAUAUCUCCCAAUACCUGUACAUCUACCCUUAGUGCUUGUAGUUGAGUAUAAAUGCAGUUGAUAUUAUUGUCGUGCCUCAUUCCUGAGCAGCC